AUGGAUUCCAUGCUAUCCACCUCGGAACUCCCUACAGGCAUCAUCGCCGACCAAUGUACCGAUGACACCUGCUUCCCGCCAGGCCUCAACAAGGCCGCUGCCACUCCCUUCACAUCAUCCCUCCUCCUCACCACCCUCUCGUCCGUCCCAUUCUUCACCACUUUCCUUCUAAUCUCUCUACUCGCCUUUUUCCGACUAUUUCCCUACCUCACAAACGAUCAAAAUGGCUCCCGAUCGGCCCUCACACCCACUCUAUCCCUCCCGCCGAUGAUCCGAACGACUUCUGCGUCAACUCUUUACCGCCGAUUAAGCGCCGUUGUCUUCGCCAUAACCCUCGGUACCACAGGAGUCCUCGGCGAGUUGAUCUUAUGUGAAAUAAUGGAUUGGGGUGAUAUGUCCGCGCGAUGGCUAUGGUUUCGGUGUACCACCAACGUCUUGCUAGUGAUGCUGAUAGUCGUUGCACCGUUACUCGAAAUCUACUCGUUUAUCCAUAGAAGGGACGAAAGUAGUCAUGAAAUCAUGUCUCCAACAUCGACGAAAAGAGGAGGUAAUUGGAGGAAGAAGAGCAAAAGUGUUGCGAUGGUUUUGAUGUUCGGGACUUGGAUUUGGUUAUUUUAUAAAUUGGGGGAUCAUUUGCCGUUGCCGCCUAUUGAUGAAGCUUUGUUCCCGGAUGGAAAUGUGUCGUUUGAGACUACAGCAAAGGGAGUUAGUGAUGAGUGUUUGAGUCGAUUGGGUGUUAUCGGUGUUUCUUUGAUGGCCCUUCUCUCCGGCUUUGGUGCCAUCUCGGCUCCCUGGUACUGCUUCAUUCGUCGUCAAAAGCCCGUCUCAGAAACCGACCUCCGUCGUGCCCAAGGCGGUCUAGAUGUCACAAACGAAAUGCUCGAAGCUAAGCGUCUAAAGCUCGCCGCCAUUGAACGAAAAUUGGGUUCCAAGGGAUCACCAGAGAUAAACACGGGCGCGGGCAGUAUCCUCACCAAAAUGAUGUCCUCUCUCCGUGGUGGCAACGACGACUUUAAAGAGGCUUCAGCACUACAGAUGGAAAUCUCCGGCCUAGUAGCCAUGCAAACUAGUCUUGGAAACGACGUUCAAAACAUCACAACCCGACUCAAGGAGCAAGGUCGAUCUCAAACAAUACUAGGACGAAUGUACGGUGUCGUCCAAUUCGCCUUUGCGAUAUACUGUAUCUACCGUAUAUCCUCCACUUUACUCCUCAGGUUCUCAGCAUGGAGUACAGCCGCCCACGGCGGAACGGUUACAUUCUCCCAAAAGGACCCAAUAGGGAAUAUACUCGCGAUAAUAAUUAAACACUACGAUCCGGAUCUAAACCGAGAGGCAUGGAGUCGGAACAUCGGAUUUGGAUUUUCAGGCGUUAUCAUUUUGGGAUCGUUGAAUUCUGUCUUAACAACUUUUAAUAUGAUUACUAAAGCUGCCCCCAGCGUUUGGGGACAUGCGGGACUGGCGUUGGCGGUUAGUCAGGUUACGGCGAUUUAUGUGAUGUCCGCGGCUGUGCUUUUGAGGAGCUCUUUGCCUAAAAACAUGGGAAGCGUGCUGGGGAGUGCGUUAGGGGUUAUGUUGGAUGUUAGAUGGGUGGAUGGGUGGUUCGACAGUGUGUUUAUGGUGGGCAGUGCGGUUACACUUGUUUGUCUCGUGGUUGUGAGGAGGUUUAGAGAGGAGGAAGGGAUGAGUGAGGAUGAGAUUUUGGAGAGAGGCAGCAAGAUGAUGUAA